AUGGGGACAGGGGAAGGCGACAGCAGCAGCAGCAGCAGCAACAGCAGCAGCAGCAGCAGCUUUGUCCUUAAAAGAGACCCCGUGAAGGCCGAAAUGUAUUUCUUAAAAGCAGCACUGCAGGAGCAUCCCGAGGCCCUUUACUUUUUGGGGGAAAUAAAGCAACAGCAAGCAGCAGCAGCAGCAGCAGCAAACGGAUCCAAAGAAAGAGAUAAACUGCUGACGCUGGCAGCAAGCUGCUACAGCCGAGCAGCAGAAGGGGGAUAUCCCCUGGGCUGGCUGAAGGAAGGGGAGGCCCUCGAAGCAGCAGCAGCAGCAAGAAAGGGGGCCCCCGACGCAGCAGCCAAGUGCAGGGCGGCGGCGCUGGCAUAUAAGACAGCAGCAGAGAUUGGCAUAGGGGGCGACAGCAUCAGGCGAGGUGAGCGGCUGUGUGGCCAGAAUGUUUAA